AUGGGGGUCAAUACUCGCUGUGUUGCUCUGUUGGUUCUGCUGCUGUUAGCUCAAGUCCUAAGCGGUGUUCACUCUCAGGAGGAGGAAGAGGAGGUCCAGGAGGAGCAGGAGGAGGAGGUGCAACCAGAAGAGGAGGUGCAGGAGGAGGAGCAGCAGGAGGAGGAGGUCCUAGAGACAUGGACAGGGAAAGCCUGCACAUGUGACUGUGAAGGGGGGGAGUCUGCGACAGGUACCCCCACUAUGACAUCACCUGUUCUGGCCACAUCGCCUCCUCAGAGUCGCCCACUAGACUGCAUGCCAGAGUGUCUCUAUCACAAGCCCCUGGGGUUCGAGGCUGGUUCAGUGGCACCGGACCAGAUUACCUGUUCUAACCAGGAAGAGUACAGCGGCUGGUAUUCGUCCUGGACCUCCAACAGGGCACGACUCAACAGCCAGGGCUUCGGGUGUGCAUGGCUGUCUAAGUUCCAGGACAACAGCCAGUGGAUCCAGAUUGACCUGCAGGAUGUGGGUGUGGUCUCAGGUAUCCUGACCCAGGGUCGCUGUGAUGCUGAUGAGUGGCUGACUAAGUACAGUGUCCAGUACCGCACCGAUCAGAACCUAAACUGGAUCUACUACAAGGACCAGACUGGUAACAACAGGGUGUUCUAUGGGAACUCGGACCGCUCGUCGUCCGUUCAGAACCUGCUGCGUCCUCCUAUUGUGGCCCGCUAUGUUAGGCUCCUCCCUCUGGGUUGGCACACCCGCAUUGCCCUGCGCAUGGAGCUGCUGAUGUGCAUGAGCAAGUGUACCUAA